UCCUGGGUUUUAUGUAGGCGUCAAUAAACGGCAGGCAACAUAAUGAAGCUGCGGUUUUAACCGUUACCUCUCAUGAUAUACUAAUUCACCCGAGAAAACCUUUUCUCAUCUUUCCGUUCCUCCGUGGAAGUUAGGGUUCCGUGUCUGGGGCCACCUUUGCCGGCACCACUAUAUGGGGAGGAGCUAAGUGGAUGAUAAGGAGCCAGACGAGCGUGGGUAGAUGUAUUGGGGUCACUAUUUUGGUAUUGGCACCGUGUACUAGAUAACUCGUGCUUAUUUUAUUUUCUAUUUAUUUUUACAUGAGUAUGUUGUUGUUACAGUCCUGGUGACAGUGCAGAUUUAUCCGUUAGUUUGGAUGGCAUGCAUGAUAAAAAAUGGCACAGACAGCAGAGGUGGCCAGGUGGCCUACACUGAGGGGUAGUGCUUUGAGCCGUGGGAACACGUUCGCUUAUUUUUUUCCAUAAUACUGUCCUGGAAGAGCUAUUGAUGUCUUGAGACACUGGCCACAGAUUACUUAUCGUCAGUACCGCAAGGUGGCUAUUAUCCAACAAAAUGCCUUAGCAGGAUUUGCACCAAUAAAUCCGUUGUGCCACUUUAUUUAGGAUGGACAUGGUGACUAGCUGUGCAUUCAUUGAAAUCGAGAGUAGUAAAAGCAAGAAAAAGUGGCAAUCCCGAAACGUUAUAUUAUGUACAGUUAUUGGAUAAGGAUGUUCCUUAAUGUUAUAUAAAAUCUGAGAAAUUAUUUUUCUGUGUGGCUAGCCGGUUGAAUGGAAAGUUUGAGUUGUGUUGGUUUGUAAAGACAAGAAUGGCUUCCGAAUCAGUUAGGGUAGUGGUGCGUUGUCGCCCAAUGAAUGAGAGAGAGAAGGGCCUCAACUGUAAGGUGGUGGUUAACAUGGACAGUAAACGUGGACAGUGUUUUAUUCAGAAACCUGAUGCCACAGACGAGCCACCCAAACAGUUCACUUUUGAUGGUGCUUACUAUGUAGACCAAACCACUGAACAGAUAUAUAAUGAAAUUGCCUUUCCACUCAUUGAGGGUGUUACAGAAGGCUAUAAUGGCACAAUAUUUGCAUACGGACAGACAGGCAGUGGAAAAUCAUUUACGAUGCAGGGAAUUACAGAUCCAGCAUCACAGAGAGGGAUCAUUCCAAGGGCAUUUGAACACAUCUUUGAGAGUAUUCAGUGUGCUGAGAAUACCAAGUUCUUGGUCAGAGUAUCUUAUUUGGAGAUUUACAAUGAGGAAGUCCGAGAUCUACUUGGAGAGGACACAAAACAGAAGCUAGAGAUUAAAGAACACCCUGAGAAAGGUGUGUAUGUGAAGGAUCUCUCAAUGCACACCGUGCACAGCGUGACAGAAUGUGAGCACAUCAUGGAAACAGGCUGGAAUAACCGCUCCGUCGGAUACACACUAAUGAACAAAGACUCUUCACGUUCCCACUCUAUCUUCACUAUCUACUUGGAAAUGUCGACACUAGAUGCAGAUGCAGAGGAACACAUCAGAGCUGGAAAGUUAAACUUAGUCGAUUUAGCUGGUAGUGAACGACAGUCAAAGACAGGUGCAACAGGAGAGCGACUUAAAGAAGCCACCAAAAUUAAUCUAUCAUUGUCUGCACUGGGAAAUGUCAUCUCUGCACUGGUGGAUGGGAAAUCUAAGCACAUUCCUUACCGUGAUUCCAAGCUCACCCGCCUGUUACAGGAUUCUCUUGGAGGGAAUACCAAGACUCUGAUGGUAGCAUGUCUUUCCCCAGCUGACAACAACUAUGAUGAGAGCCUUAGCACACUGCGAUAUGCCAACAGAGCAAAGAAUAUCAAAAAUAAACCUCGUAUCAAUGAAGAUCCAAAAGAUGCUUUGCUCAGGGAGUAUCAAGAGGAGAUCAAAAGGCUAAAAGUUUUGCUUUCGGGACAGAUGAGUUUAGAUAAUUUAUCUGAAUUACUGUCUAGUAAAACUAGACUGUCCAGCAGGCAGAUAGAUUCCAAAGGUGCAUUUACCACUGCCCUCCACACUGACAUUGAAGCAGAGAAGGAGAAAAUCAAGCAAGAAUAUGAAGCAAAAUUAGAUGCAAUAAAGGCAGAAUAUGAAGCAGAGCAACAGUCCAACGCAAAACUCCAAGAGGACAUCCACGCUUUGCGACAGUCUUAUGAAAUGAAGAUCACCCAGCUGGAGAAGAUCUCACAUAAGGGCAGAGCUGCUGCACCCAGAACUACAGUACCGACACCUGACCCAGAAUUUGUACGUCCUGGUUCUGCAGCUCCUGAUUCUGUGUCCAGAAUUGAGAAAUCCUUAGCCAAGCUCCAGAUUCCCACACAUGUAAGUGAUGCGGAAAGAGAUCCCAUAACCACAGAAGAAAACCAGACUCAACAAUUAAUUCCAUCUUCUCCUACUCCAGUGGAUGAGAAACAAGUGUUGGAACGGUUGCACAUGCUGGAACAACAGGUCGUAGGAGGAGAGCAGGCUAAGAAUGCAGACCUUAAGGAGAAACGCAAACGCCGAAAAAAGUAUGCAGAUGAGAGAAAAAAGCAGCUGCUGGAAGCAGUGCAGAACACAGAUGAGGACAACCACAGUGUUCUCUUCAGGGUUUAUGACUCCAUUCAAGAGGAGGUGCGAGCAAAGAGCAAACUCCUAGAGAAGGUGCAAGCAAAGUGGAAAGCAGCAGAGUGUGAAAUCAGCGAUCUUCAAUCAGAAUUUCAGUUUGAGAGGAUCGAUUACCUUGCAACAAUUCGACGCCAGGAGCGGGAGUACCUCCUUCUGCAGCAGAUUUUGGAGCAGGUGCAACCUCUAAUUCGGCGUGAAUGUAAUUACAGCAACAUUGACAAGAUCAAGCGGGAGGCCACCUGGGACGAAGAGAGUGGCUUUUGGAGGAUUCCAGAAAUAUUGAUGCAGACAACAAUGCUGCCAGCUGCAGUUGGAGCCCAGCCACUACCUAAACUUGGAGGAAAGCCAUCACCUGUAGAAAAUGGGGAACAUAUUAUGGAGGAAGACCGAUACAAAGAGAUACUGAGUCGCAGUACCAGUGAAGAUAUAGCCAGUGACUACUUCAGACCAAAAAGGGCAAAUCAAAUCCUCAAUUCGGACCCCAUGAGAAGUCUAAGUCUUCACAGUGCCCCAUCAAAACUUAAUCCUUCUGUGACCAGUGGGAUUUCCCAGAUGACUUCUAGCAUGACUACAAUAUCUGCAGGUCAGCCUUCAGAUGCUCCUGCCCUACGACCCUAUCGCCUGGAAUCACUGGAUUUCCCCUCCUCAUCUAUUAGAACCAAGGGCAAGAAGAAAAAGAAUGACUUCCGAAUGCUAACCUAAGAGUAAUGACAUGCCUAGUAAAUAAACUGCCAGCUACUCUUUGUACAUAUAAAAACCUUCUACAACAGGAAGAGUAGACUUUUUUCACAGGUGACUGCUCUGCAUCAGAAAAAACAUUCUAAGCAAAAUGUGUAACUGUGUUCAGACUCAAAAAUGUCAGCUUCUUUUAACAUCAUUCUUGAUCCAGUAAAUGGCAGACAUGCUACUUAAUGAAUGAUAUAGUGUUUUGGAAAAAUGCUAUGAUAUGAGGAGUCUUAUUGAAUAUGUUUUAUUUAUCAGGA